AUGGAGAAAAAGAGAUCUGCGAACUAUACGCAGAGGGAAAAAGAAUCAUUGAUUUCCUUAGUUGAAAAGUAUCUUAAUGUGAUUGAGAAUAAAAAAACAAACUCUGUGUUCAACAAACAAAAAAAUGAUUGUUGGGAGAAAUUGGCAUGGGAAUAUAACUCCAUCCAAACAACUGGGUCAAGAACAGGACAACAAUUAAAAUGCUGUUACGAACAAAUGAAAAAGAUUGCAAAACAACACAAAUCAGAGGACAAGGUAGAUCUAUUAAAAACCGGUGGUGGGACAUUCAUUCCCAAGACCACUAUAUUGGAUGAAAAGAUUUUAAUGCUCUUGAAAGAUAAUUACUUCACUAUCGCCAAUGAAUAUGAUAGCAACAAGUCUGCGACAUCAAAAGAACCUGAGAAAAAAAAACUAAUGAAAUUGGAUUUCAUCACAAGUCCCUCUACCAGUGCAGACAUAAAUAAGGAAAAUAUAUAUAUUGUGUAUCAAGAUGAACAAUCUGAAGAAAUGGAUAAACACCUUACACAGAUUGAAGAUGAUGAAGCAUUGAAUAGCAGUGUGGCAUGGAAUAAUAGAAACAGCUCUAAUAUAAUCGAGGGAGAGUUGGGAGAAAUUGCUAUUGAACAUCAGCAAAAAUAUAGUGAACCUGAACCUAGUAUCAGUUUAUUGGCUGGGCCUAAAAAAAGAAAAAUUGAUUCUCGUACCCAAGACUCUUGCAAAAAAGAAAACAUACAAAAUAAGCAAAAUAAAGAAAGUAAAAUAAUUGAGCUUAACAAAAAAAAAAUAGAAGUUUAUAAUUUAAAAUUGAAUGUCUUGAAGACAAUGGCAGAAACCGAGUUGGAACAUUUGAAAGGAGCAAAAUUAGACAACGAGAUAAAGGAACUGAUUAAAGAGAAGGAGAAAAUUAAUCUUGAACUGAAAAAAAAUGAGUUACAUAGAUCUUAA